AGCGGAGCUCUGAGCGCUAUAGUUUACGUUAAAGAGUCGUCGGGUCGGAUGGUUAGUCCUGCUGUUUGUCUGAUUAUGAUGCCAUUUUAAAGUUAAGAUUUUGUACUUUUAGGCUGUUUCAUGUUUAUGGAUAGAAGAAAGUCGGAGGGAUUUUUAAACGGAGCUUCAGGUAACUUUGGGAAAAUGCCUUUGCAUGGAAAAAUAGUGGUUAUUAAGAGGAGCGGAGCUGAUGGGACAGAGUUUCCUCUGACUGCAUCCUGCUUGUUUGGAAGGAAGCCUGAAUGUGACAUUCGUAUCCAGGUUCCUGAGGUUUCGAAGGAACACUGCAGAAUCGACUUAAAUGAAAAUAAAGAGAUUAUUUUGACCAAUUUGAGCUCAGUCAAUCCGACACGCAUCAACGGAGAGACUCUGCAUCAGUCUGAACGCUUGAAGCAUGGCGAUAUGAUAACAAUUGUUGACCGUUCUUUCAGGUUCGAGUACGCGCACACAGCAACGCCAAGGAAGAGGGCUACUCCUGGACCCAAGUCUGAAACUCUUAAGGUUCUUCAAGAUCAGCAAAGAUCCGACAGUGUCGCAGCUGAUGGGGGACAAAAAAGGAUUUCUACAGGCCCUCAUCUUAAAGAUGGUGCCAACUAUGACAACAUACAGAGAUCUUUGGAGAAAACGUUGGAAAUGGAGUCCCAGAAAGAUGGAACAAACUCACCAUUCGGUGAGCUGUGUCAAAUGGCCAAAAAAUCUCUGGAUCUCAAGACCCCUCAGAAGUCUUCUGUCAGUGCUGCCCAGACACCGUCUUCUAAGUUUUAUACCCCCAGACCAGGGCCAGUUGGUACUCCCCAGAAAGAAGUUAAACUCCCAGCAGAUCCAACAGCUAAAGUUGCUAAAACGCCUGAAUCUGUCAAGAAGUUGGGGAAGAUCUUCCAGUCUCCUUCCUUUGAGGGGUCUGGAAACAUAGUGCAAGAAGAUUCAAAGUCUGGACCUGCUUCAAAGCUGAGACGCAGUGUAACUCCUCAGAGGUUCACAGCCGCAGAGGCCAUUGAGCAAAUUACAGCUACAACAUCAAAGUCUCCUUUGUCCACAAAGGCAGAAGGGCAAGCUGUUAUUACAUACAAAAAGGAAAAAACCCCGAAGAAGUCUCCUAAAAACUUAGGAUCUGCUGAAAAAGUGAAAGUGGCCAAAAAACGCAAGAGCGACGAGCUUGGAAAAGACCUCCCUAUGUCAAAUAUGAAAAGAAAACGCGUUUCCUUUGGGGGUCAUCUUAGCCCAGAGUUAUUUGACAAACGCCUUCCUCCUGACUCCCCGCUGCGCAAAGGAGCGGCUCCAAGGAGAAGCUUGUCUCUUUAUAAACCAAAACAGUCCCUCCUUAGAAGAGCCUCGGCUAUUGGGUUGCUAAAGGGGCAAAGGAAUCCUUCCCCUAAGUCUGGUUUAAAAAAGAAUGCUUCGCCUGGAAAGGCGCUGCCAAAAUCAAAGUCUCCUUCACCUGCUAAGAAGUCUCCAAAGUCCAAGUCUACAUCACCCAAAGCAACUUCUCCUGGAAAAAUGUCUCCCAAGACCCCGAAGUCCAGGUCCGCUUCACCCAAGGCUGAGACCCCAAAAUCCAGGUCCGCUUCACCCAAGGCUGAGACCCCAAAAUCCAGGUCCGCUUCACCCAAGGCUGAGACUCCAGCUCAGAAGACCCCGAAGUCCAGGUCCGCUUCACCCAAGGCUGAGACUCCAGCUCCGAAGACCCCGAAGUCCAGGUCCGCUUCGCCAAAGGUUGAGACUCCAGCUCAGAAGACCCCAAAAUCCAGGUCCGCUUCACCCAAGGCUGAGACUCCAGCUCCGAAGACCCCGAAGUCCAGGUCCGCUUCGCCAAAGGUUGAGACUCCAGCUCAGAAGACCCCAAAAUCCAGGUCCGCUUCACCCAAGGCUGAGACUCCAGCUCCGAAGACCCCGAAGUCCAGGUCCGCUUCGCCAAAGGUUGAGACUCCAGCUCAGAAGACCCCAAAAUCCAGGUCUGCUUCACCCAAGGCUGAGACUCCAGCUCCGAAGACCCCAAAACCCAGGUCCGCUUCACCCAAGGCUGAGACUCCAGCUCCGAAGACCCCGAAGUCCAGGUCCGCUUCGCCAAAGGUUGAGACUCCAGCUCAGAAGACCCCAAAAUCCAGGUCUGCUUCACCCAAGGUUGAGACUCCAGCUCAGAAGACCCCAAAAUCCAGGUCUGCUUCGCCCAAGGCUGAGACUCCAGCUCCGAAGACCCCAAAACCCAGGUCCGCUUCACCCAAGGCUGAGACUCCAGCUCUAAAGACCCCAAAAUCCAGGUCUGCUUCACCCAAGGCUGAGACUCCAGCUAAAACACCAUUUAAUUCAGAAAUCCAAAGCCGGUCUGUCCAAGGUCGCUUCUCUAUUUCACGUAUCAAGACUCCCUCUCCUGCUGCAGAAUUAAUUAAACAACCUGCUUCAGUUACUGUUACCCCAAAAAUACCGCUGAGGAGGAAAAGCAUGAAGAGCACAAGAAAGACUCCAAGUGUUAGCAAGAGUGCAUUAAAGGUCCUCCAGCGAAGAAGCGGCAUUUCCCGUGCAUCGAUAAAAGUGGUUCCAAGUUCCUGGGCAAAUGUUGUUAAAUUUGGACAAACCAAGACUUCGGUUGUUGCUCCAACUGAGAAGAAGAUCAAACAAAAACCAAUGAAGAAAGUGAUGUCCAAACUGCAGACACCUGCCAGAAAACUGAAAGGACACGCAAGCACUGGCCAUGCAGAAUCCCCUGCCACCAUCGUCGUAGGUAGAGCUCACCAAAGAGCCUUUGCUCCUCCAACUGGAGCUGCACCAAAAGUGGUCAUGAAUGCUGCGUUUUCCAAGCGGGACAUGAAAAUGGACGAAGACCUGACAGGGCUUCCUGAGAUGUUCAAAACGCCAAUAAAUGAGAGGAGAAGAAGGUCUUUGGUCAGUAACAGGAGUGCCAAGAGGACCCCAGCAAGAUCUUCUAUGAUGGAACCGUCUGUGUUAAAAACCCCGGAGGAACCAGAUGAGAUGAUGGUGUCUCCGCUGAGCGUAGCGUCUACAGUCAAGAGUUUAAGAUACAACAGCGAGGCAGUCGAGCGCCUUCUUGCUGCAGAUCAAGAAUCCAGUUUUGUUAGCAACACCCCUGCCUUGGAAUUUAGCUCAGAGUCUGAACCGCCAUCUGUUAAAACUCCCCAACAAAACCCAGAAUUACCAGAGCGCCUCUCUGGAAUCAAGAGGACCACGAAGACGCCCAAAUUGAAGGCUGAGCCCAUUGAGGAUCUGAGAGGAAAACUCCUAAAAACUCCCAAACAGAAGCCUGAGCAACAGGAGUGUCUUACUGGAGUCAAGAGGGUCAUGAAGACUCCCAAACAGAAAGCUGAACCUUUAGAGGACAUCAGAGGAAAACUUCUGGUAACUCCUAAACAGAAAGCAGAGCAGCAGGAGUGUCUAACUGGGGUCAAACGAAUCUUCAAGACUCCAAAACAAAAAGCAGAACCUAUAGAAGACUUGAGAGGAAAACUCCUGAAGACACCAAGAGCAAGAAGGUCGGGUGAGAUCAGCUUAGAAGGUGUUAAGGAGCUUCUCCAGACGCCGACCCAGCAGCCCCAGAUGCUGGGUCUUAUCGCCGUGGAGAGUAUGAUAAAGCUGCCUGAAGGGAAGAGUGCUCCACUUGAAGAUGUGGUUGAAGUGAAGAGAGUCAAGAGGACUCCCAAACAGAAAGGUAAACCUGUUGAAGACAACUUUGGCCUCAAAAGGCUGAUGAAAUCACCAAGAGCAAGAGGAAAUCCUCCGGUGGAAGACUUUGAGGGGCUUCAGGAGCUCAUGGAAGAGCCGGCGGUGGACCUGACAGAGCAGCAGACAACUGAGGCAUCAGGUGCUGUGGAAACACGCCCUGAGGGUGAUGCAGGAAGUAUCCCACAGCAGCCUGGGGUGGAGCCUUCUGCUGUCAGCGUCACCGAGAGUUUUACGACUUCCACCUGCGCCUCAGAGAAGAAAUCUGCUCGCUCCAGAAGGACAAAACCAGUGGAGGAAAUCAAAGAGGUAACAGAACCUUCUCAAGAUGCCAUCACUGUGUCUGUUCCAGCUAGAGGAAGAAGAGGAAAGAAAGCUGAGGCUGCAGCGCCACCUGCUGUUAGACACACCACAAGAGGCAGGAAUGCUGAAGGCAGCCAAACCAGUGUGGAGGAGAGCUGCCCAGAGCCUGCCAAGGUUGCUGCUAAGCCAAGAAGAGGGAGAAAUGUCCGAAAAACUCAAGAGGUGUCCGCCGAACUGGAACAGAACGCGUUUGAGGAGGAACCCAUGAUUGAUCCAAACCCAGCAACUGAUGUCGACAGCAAAGCGCCUGUGGAGGAGCCUGUGCUGAAGCCAAAACGUGGGAGAAGAGUUAAAGAACCUGAAGAAGAAGCAGCACCGCUGCAGCAGAACCUUCCUGAAAAAGCAGAUGAGAGUGAAAACAUUGCCGUGGAAACGGUCAUCCAGUUGCCUGAAACUCUGAAGCUACCGGAUCAGGAGAAGGAAGAUCCCGAAGCUGGUGUGAAGAAACCUGUCAGAGGCAGAAGAGCUAAACCGAUGGAUGCUGAGAGCGCACCAGAACCCACAGGGCAUUCAGACGAACCUGUGGUCGCUCCUCUCAGAGGAAGAAGAGGAAGGAAAGUGGAAGUAACUUCUGCACCGGAUCAGGAGAAGGAAGAUCCCAAAGCUGGUGUGAAGAAACCCGUCAGAGGCACGAGAUCUAAACCGGCUGAUGCUGAGAAAGCGCCAGAACCAGAGGAGCAUUCAGAUGAGCCUGUGGUCGCUCCAGUCAGAGGAAGAAGAGGAAGGAAAGUGGAAGCAACAGCGCCCCCUGCUGUUAAACAAUCCACAAGAACCAGAAAUGCAAAGCCUCAAGAUGCUGAUCAGCCAGCUGAGAAUUCCACUGAAGCCGUCGCUGACCUGACCUCGGAGAACUCCAAUGAGACUUCAAAAGAGGAAGUAACUCCUGCACAGGAAACGACCACCAAGCCGCUCAGAGGGAGAAAAACUAAAGUGACGCCCAGCGAGUCGGUGAGAGAUGCAUGUCCUGCAGCGGAUUCUGAAACUUCGCAAACCGUUUCUUCUGUUGGUAAAACGAGGAUUGGAAGAAAAAAUAAAGCUGACGAUCCAACUGAGGUGGAAGACGAUACUGCGCUCCCUGUGGAGAACAAGCGCCAGACUCUGCCUCUGAGGGCUAAAAGGGCAAGAAAUGCUGUGCAGGAAGAGGAGGCAGAAAGUCCUAAUGAGAAGGUGACUCCAGAGGAGACCUCUGACUUCCAGGAGCCGCCGAAAAAAUCACAGAGAACAAGAAAUCCCGAGCAAGAACAAACUCCUAAAGCCGAUUCAGCGAGUAAACGAAGAGGAGGGCGAAAAACAAAACCAGAUCCUGUCACUGAAACCCCUGUGAAGUCCACAGAGCCCCACAGUGAUGUUAGCGAAAAGCCAAAGCGGGGCAGAAAAGCAGCAGAAACAACUCAGGAAAUCAUCCCUGCUGACAAUCCUCUUCCAGAAGCUUCUGCUCCAUCUCCACAGUGCGGCAGGGCAAGAGGGCGUAAAAACGAGUUUUCAGAAACUGUCCCUGCUGAGAGGGGCCGUCGGGGAGCCGCCCUGCCUCCAGAGGAACCCGCUGAAGAAUCCUCAUCACAGGCAUCAGAACCUGCUCCAGAACCAGUCUUGCCAGUAAAAAGAGGGAGACGAGCUGCGACAAAGCCCAAAGACGACAAAAAGGCAGUGGAGACCAAUGGUGAGCCGUCCGAAAACGUAAAGGCUAAAGACGUCGACCCAAAGACGACCAAAAAAUCAGUCCGGUUCAAUUCAGAGAUGGAAGUUUGUGAAAUUCAAAAAGUUACACCAGUGAAGUCGGUUCGGGGCAGGAGGUCAAAAUCAACAGACCAGGCGGAUGCUAGCAGCAACGAUGGAGCAAAGGAGGCCAACAACACUGAAGAGGAGAAUCUCUCAGAUGACCUCAAGGCACAGCCGGCCAAGAGAGCGCGGCGAGGAGCGAAGGUUGCUGAGGGAGCGCCGCCAAAAACCAGACGGGGGAGAUCAGCAAAGAAAUAGAUGCUUAAUGUAAAUAUCAAAUUCUAAUUGGGUUCCUCUAAUCUUUUAUUGUUCUGUAUUUUAGAUCCAGUGGCAUACUUAAACAAAGCACUGUUGGGUUUUUUUUACCUCGAUGUUUAAAGAAUUUUUUAUUUUUAAUUUUCUGUAUCGUACACUUAUGCUUAUACAAACAUGUUGGCAGGGGAAAAAUUUUUUAUAAAAUUCUUUGGCUUGUGUAA